AUGUGCCCUAAGAGCUCAUUGGAAGAGCAAUCAAUCCAAAAUCUUGAGCUAGGCAUUCUUCUCCAAAGGUCAGGCGUAUUUCGGAUUUGCGGUUUAGUCGUUGCAAAUUCCGACGUCCUUCUGCUGGGCCUCAUUCGUGCAUGUCACUUGCCCACCGUCCAGGUCGCAGUCGGAUGGUUGCGACUUGAGACCGCCCACUUGAGGACAGGAGCAUCAUCAAUUGGAAAGCCUAUCGUCCGGGUCCCGAAAUUAGACGACGGCAUUAUCGCACCAAGUCCGUCGAGGGGCCGCACUUUCCAUCUCAAUGGCCUCAACAUGGAGUCCGAUAGACGGUUCCUCUCACGGUCACAGCAUAAGCAGCAGUCACAGCAGACCUGGCAUCACGCCCACAAGUUCCUAUACACGCCUCAGUCAGCUUUCUGA